AUGCACCCCGGCUUCGACCGCCCCGCCUGGCAGCAGCCCGCCUACCCGGAGCGCGCGUCGCCCCCACCGCCGCCGCCGCAGUCCCAGACGGGCUGGUUCCCUCUGCAGCAGGACGCGCAGCAGCAACCACAACAACCACCACCACCACAACAUGCCUCUAAGUACAGCACCGCCUCCAGCCCCACCCAGGACCAGCGCGUCUACGCCUCCUCGCCAAUGUUCGCGUCGGUGCCGGCGCCGACGGCGCCCUACGCGUGGACGCAAUCGCCACCGACGAUGGCUCGGCCCAGCCAGUUCAUCCCCAGCCAGACAUACCUGAGGCCGCCCGAGCCGGAGCUCUACGACCGAGCCCGCGACUCCCAACUGCAAGACCAGCGCCCCCAGGCGCAGACGGUUCUGCGCCGCAACAAGCAGAUCGCCAUCGGCCGCUGGAACAGCGAGGAGCACCAGUGGUUCCUCAAGGGGCUCGAGAUGUUCCAGGGCCCCGCGUGGGGCGAGAUCGCCCGGCUCAUCGGCACGCGCACUUCAACGCAAGUGCGCACCCACGCCCAGAAGUUCUUCACCAAGCUGGCCAGGCUCAACCAGACCAUGCCCUACUUCGAGGUGCAGAUCCAGAAGGAGCGCGCGCGCCUCGUAGCGCAGGGCGCCAGCGUCACGCCCACAGCCCAGAGCGCCCCCAGCAACGCCGCGCUCGCAGCCACGCUGUCGCCUCGCAAGCGGCUGGCAUCGGCCAGCAACAGCCCUAGACAGAGCCUCAAGCGGUUCAAGGAGGAGGUGGAGGCGACGACGUCCCCGACCUACGCAGCUGCCGCCCAAGCCAGAUAUCCUCAAGCAGCCUACGACAUGAAGCCGAGGGUGUACACGGGCGCGUACUCGCCUGCGGUGUCCCCCUCGGGAGGACCUGAGGCGGGCAAGGAGUGGCCGCAGCAGUGGACGGCCGAGGACGGCCGCCAGUGGCCAGUGGCGUCGCCCACGUCCACAACAGCCUCGAUCCAGUUGACGCAGCUGCAGAUGGACGACGGUGGACACCAACCCGCCGCAACGGAUGCCGAGUCGCUUCCGUCCAUGAACAAGCUGCUGUACCGCAGCGCCGCCUGA